AAGAAGCAACCGAGAUUAUAAAUUGUCGCGCAAACAAACAAAGGUAUAUGCUAUGGUUCUUCAUAAAGGUGAUCAGGACCCUUCUCUUCGUUUGGUUCACAAGUUGGCAAGGGUUGAACCAGGCUACUAUGAUACGUUUUCCUCUCCCCUUUCUUCUGAGAAAUUAGAACCUAAGUUGUGACCCUAAAUUUAGACCAGCUUCAACACCCCGUAGCAGAAUGAAUUACUCAUUUUAGGGUGGGAAUACCUAUAUGUUUUUGCUCCCUGAUGAUUUCAUCAACACCAUGCUGCACGCCAUCUAAAUAGAUGCUCAACAUCCCAAACUCAUCAUGAAGGAGAUCUUAACCAUCCGAUCAUUGACAUGACUUAGCAUUACCAUUAGUCCUGAAGAAAGACAUUUGAGAAUGAUGGGAAGCUGACAAGGCAGAGGGGAUAAGUAUUUAACUUGUCACCAAACCUGGUCCCAACGAAUUAAAAACAUUUGGUAUUCCUCGAGACAUUUUGCCCAUUGGGAAUCAUGAAACUAAUCCAGAACAGAUCGUUCCUUCUACCAUUACUGUUCCCUCUCUUCUCCCUUUCCAUUGCAGGUGAUACCCUGAAUCCAAACCAGUCUCUUGCUGACAAUGAAACACUAAUUUCCUCCGGUGGGAGAUUCGCGCUGGGCUUCUUCAGCCCUCCCAGCUCAAGUAAUCGGUACAUCGGCAUCUGGUACAACGGGAUCGCCAUCCAAACAAUAGUAUGGGUGGCCAACCGCGAGAAGCCGAUCACAGAAUCGACGGGAAGCCUGUCGAUCGCCACCAAUGGCAGCCUCAUCAUUUCCACCGGGAACUCCACCGUAGUUUGGUCCACAGCUGCGACGAGCUUAAGUAAUCCCGUUGCACAGCUCUUGGACGAUGGGAACUUCGUAGUGAAAGAAGAGGGCGGCACGGACUCCGACAGCUUCGCAUGGCAAAGCUUCGACCACCCCACCGACACGCUGCUGCCCGGCAUGAAGCUCGGGGUUAACCUAACAAGCGGCCUGAACCACACCUUGACGGCGUGGAAGAGCAGCAGCGAUCCAUCCCCCGGAGAGAUCUACGCGGCCAUGGAUAUAGAUGGUGACCCCGAGAUAUUCCUUUGGAGGGGGUCGCGCAGACUGUGGAGGACGGGUCCGUGGAAUGGGCUACAGUUCAGCGGCAUCCCGGACACCGCCACCUACCAAGGCUUGAUCAUCUUGAGCUUUGUGAACAACAAGGAGGAGGUGACAUACUCUUAUAGUAUAGUUAACCAGUCCAUUAUAUCAAGGCUAGUGGUUAACCAGUCCGGCGUGAUGCAACGGUCGGUGUGGCUCGCCGGAGGCGGCGUGUGGAACAUCUUCUGGUAUGCACCGAGGGACCCGUGCGACCAAUUGUCGGCAUGCGGGCCUUACGGGGCCUGCAACCCCAACGACUCGCCGAUAUGCGACUGCCUGCAGGGGUUCACGCCGAAGUCGCCGGAGAAUUGGGCUCUCCGGGAUGGAUCCGACGGGUGUGUGAGGAAGACCAAGCUGGACUGCAAGAAUGGAACAGAUGGGUUCGCGACGGUGAGCGGCGCAAAGCUGCCGGACACAUCAAAUUGCAGCGUGGACAUGAGCAUCAACCUUCAGGAUUGCAGGGCUAUGUGCUUGAAGAACUGCUCUUGCACUGCUUUUGCGAGUGCUAAUGUCAGUGGGGGUGGAAGUGGGUGCGUAAGGUGGUUCUCCGAGCUCACCGAUAUACGGCUGUACACUGAUGCUGGACAAGAUCUCUACGUCCGGCUGGCAGCGGCUGAUCUAGAUUCAACACCCAGCCAAUCUAAUGGGAGCGGACAUGCACCAAUAGCAGUUAUCGUAAGCCUUGUUUUAGUGGUGCUCCUACUUGUUUGUGUGGGCUUUUUCUUGUGGAGAAGGAAGAAAAGGAGAAGAGGUACGACUUCCUUCAGUGACCACAAUGAUGAACCUUUCGAAGGAGACGACCUAGAGCUGCCUUUGUUUGACCUUGGCACCAUUGCUGCUGCCACCGACAACUUCUCCAUUCUCAACAAGCUUGGAGAGGGUGGGUUUGGCCCUGUUUAUAAGGGUGAACUUGGAGAUGGACAGGAAAUUGCAGUGAAAAGACUAGCUAAAACUUCAGUACAAGGCCUUGAUGAAUUCAAAAACGAGGUUGUGCUAAUUGCCAAACUUCAACACAGGAAUCUUGUGCGGCUGGUGGGUUGCUGCAUUCGAGGAGAGGAAAGAAUGUUGAUAUAUGAGUAUAUGGUCAACAAAAGUUUGGAUUUCUUCUUAUUUGAUAGAGAAAAAAGUGCAUUAUUGAAUUGGCAAACCCGCUAUCAUAUCAUUGAAGGGAUUGCCCGAGGACUUGUUUAUCUUCACCAAGACUCCAGAUUUAGAAUUAUUCAUAGAGAUCUUAAAGCUAGCAAUAUUCUUCUCGAUAAAGAGAUGAAUCCUAAAAUCUCAGAUUUCGGUAUGGCGAGAAUUUUUGGAGGAGAUGAGACUGAAGUCAACACCAGACGAGUAGUUGGCACAUAUGGAUAUAUGUCACCUGAGUAUGCAAUGGAUGGCGUUUUCUCGGUGAAAUCCGAUGUGUUCAGCUUCGGUGUUUUAGUUCUGGAGAUCAUUAGUGGAAAGAAAAAUAGAGGAGUUUACGUCCACACUUCACACCUAAAUCUUCUUGGACAUGCCUGGAGUUUAUGGAACGGGGAGAAGAGCUUGCAGCUAGUUGAUGAAUCACUGGGAUACGACUUUUCUGCAAAAGAGGUAAUAAAAUGUAUAAAGGUGGGUCUUCUAUGUGUGCAAGAACACCCGGAGGAUCGACCAUUAAUGUCAUCCGUAGUGUUGAUGUUGGGCAGUGAUAGUGCGGCAUUACCAAAUCCUAAACAACCGGGAUUUGUUACGAGAAGACUUCCCUUUGAAGCAGAGUCAUCUUCAAGCAAGCAAGAUUCAUGUACAGUGAAUGAUAUGUCCGUUACAAUGUUACAAGGCCGAUAUUUCUCCAACAAAUCAGCUCUCAGGGUAAGCAGCACUAGAAGCCUUAUAACUUCAGAAGAAUCAAAAGUCCGUAACGUUUUCUUCGACAUGGAGUUGUUUGGCAAGGUGGGCUGGCUGCCUGCAGCCCUACUCUUUCUCUUCUUGAUCGUUUCUUCUCAUUUCUCUCUCUCUAUUGGAGGUGACACCCUAACCCCAGGCCGACCCCUCUCUGACGGCCAAGAGUUGAUCUCAGCUGGGGAAAGAUGCGCCUUAGGCUUCUUCAGCCCUGUCAACACUAGCAAUCGCUACGUCGGCAUAUGGUACAAGGUCUCACCUCGUACUAUCGUGUGGGUUGCCAAUCGCCAGCACCCGAUCUCCGAGCGUAACGGCAACCUGUCGAUCGCCGCCAAUGGAACUCUCAUCAUCACCGACCAGAACUCUAAACCCAUAUGGUCCUCGGGCUCGUCGGGCCUUGCCAGUCCAGUCGCGCAACUCUUAGACGAUGCCAAUUUCAUCGUUAAAGAGGCUAAGGGUGACGGUAAUAUUGUUCCAGGGAGCUUUGCAUGGCAGAGCUCCGACUACCCGACCGACACUCUGCUCCCGGGAAUGAAGUUCGGGUGGAACCUAACGAGUGGCCUCAACCGUAACAUCACAUCAUGGGCCAGUCCUAGCGACCCAGCGCCGGGUCCCUAUACCAUGUUUUUGGAUCUCCAUGGCGACCCCCAGAUAAUUUUGUUGGAAGACUCGAACCAACGGUGGCGCGUCGGGCCAUGGAACGGGCAAAGGUUCAGUGGCAUCCCGGAUAUUAUGCGUUAUAAGGUCUUCAUAUUGGACUUUGUCAUCAACAACGAUGAGGUCUUCUACAUGUACAACACCACCAGCAUGUCCAUCAUCGCGAGGCUUACCGUGGACUGCACCGGCCAGGUCCAACGCCUUGUCUGGCUCAGUGACAGCGAAAUGUGGAGCGUCUACUUAUCUGAGCCGAAGGACAUAUGCGAUUAUGUGUCACAAUGCGGGGCUUACGGGGUCUGUAAUCCAGACGACUCACCUGUAUGUACUUGUUUACAGGGAUUUAAGCCUAAGUCACUGGAAAAUUGGGAUCUUAGAGAAGGGAAAGACGGGUGUGUGAGGAUGACGGAGCUGGACUGCCGGAACGGAACUGAUGGGUUUGUGACAAUAGAGGAGACAAAGCUGCCGGACACAUCAAGGUCGACGGUGGAUAGGAACAUGGGACUGGAUGAGUGUAGGGCGACGUGCUUGAGGAAUUGUUCAUGCACGGCCUAUGCUAGUGCUAAUAUCAACGGAACUGGAUGCAUAAUUUGGACGACGGAGCUCACUGAUAUUAGGGUAUAUACUUUUGGUGGACAGGAUCUCUACGUCCGACUAGCAGCGGCCGAUCUAGGCCCGGGAUCAGAUCAUUCGCAUUCACGUACCAUAGCUGCAAUUGUGGUGGGCUCUGUUGCAGGGAUUCUGCUGCUUUCUUCGAUGGGCAUUUGUGUUUGGAUGAAGAGGAGAAGAACAGUUUCCUUAGGUGCCAUUCCCUUCGCUAGUCACCGCAACAAUGAAUACAAGGACGGCAAGGACUGGGAGCUUCCUCUAUUUGAUUUGGGGACAAUCAUUGCAGCAACUGACAACUUCUCAAUCGAAAACAAGCUUGGAAAGGGUGGCUUCGGUCCCGUGUACAAGGGAAUGCUUGGGGAGGAGCAAGAAAUAGCUGUGAAGAGGCUUUCAAAGACUUCGGCACAGGGUGCUGAUGAAUUCAUGAAUGAAGUGAUGCUGAUUGCCAAGCUUCAGCACCGAAACCUAGUUCGGCUUCUUGGUUGCUGCACUCAAGGAGAGGAAAGGAUGCUAGUAUAUGAAUACAUGCCUAAUAAAAGCUUGGACGCCUUCAUCUUUGAUAAAGAUAAAGGUGUGCUACUGGAUUGGCAAACCCGCUUCAACAUUAUAGAAGGGAUUGCUCAAGGUCUUCUCUACCUACACCGAGACUCGAGACUUAGAAUUAUACAUAGGGAUCUUAAAGCUAGUAACAUUCUUCUUGAUAAAGAUAUGAACCCUAAAAUAUCAGAUUUCGGCUUGGCAAGAAUAUUUCGAGAGGAUGAGACGGCACUAAAUACUCGGAGAGUUGUAGGGACGUAUGGAUACAUGUCUCCUGAGUAUGCCAUGGAUGGUGUCUUCUCGGUGAAAUCUGAUGUAUUCAGCUUUGGUGUCUUAGUACUUGAAAUCAUUAGUGGCAAGAAGAACAGAGGCAUUUCCAUAUCCGAGCACGAAGGAAACCUUCUAGCACAUGCAUGGAGUUUAUGGAUGCAUGGUAAUGGCUUCGAACUAGUGGAUAAAUCAAUCAGCAACUCAAUUUACAUGGUUGAAGCCUUGAACUGCAUAAAGGUUGGCUUAUUGUGUGUUCAAGAAUGUCCAAAAGAUAGGCCGACGAUGUCCUCUGUGGUAUUGAUGUUGAGCAGCAAGAAUGCAUCCUCGACCAAUCCUAAACAUCCUGGUUUUUUUCCAACAAGCGCUUCCUCGAAUACCGAGUCAUCAAAAAGCAAGACAAACUCAGCAAGUAUAAAUGAAUUAUCGGUUACAAUAGUUGAAGGUCGAUGACUAUUAGAUCGAGGUGGUAAAUUUUUUUCAUACUACAGACAAGCUAUGAAAAAUUCUUGUUCUUUCAGUGUCUAUGCAUUCCUUUGAACUAUCUCAAGUCCUAAUCACAAGUUAGGAGUCCAUUAGUGUAAAUUAGUUAUACUAGGUGUUUUGUAUAAUAUUUUGAAAAUAAUCAAAAAAACUAAAAAUUUAAAUUGUUGUUCAUCCAAAAGAAGGCAGCAAAGCAGAUUCUCGUUUAAAUCUUAAAAUAGUGACCAUGAGGGAGAGCUAAAAUUUGUUGCUAGUUUGGAUU